AUGAAUGGCGACCACAGAAACUACAGCGGCCUGGUUGUGGGCCGGAAACGAUAUGCGGUCCGGCUCGAGUGGGUGGAGGACGAGUCAUCCAAGGCAGGAGUUGCGUCCGCUACCCAGCACGCCACGCAGGAUCUUGACGCUGACUUCAUCGUGGGCGGCUACUCUUCGGGCCUGACGGAGAUAUCCUCAGCGCAAGCUGACGCCGACUUCAAGGUGAUGGUUGCGCCCGGUGCGUGCAGCCCCUCGGCGAUCGUGGGCAACAACACAUUUGGGCUGCUGCCGCCGUGCGGAUCGUACCACGUCAACCCGAUCCUCGCCAUAGUGCAGGCUGCAGAGGCGGUCGACGCUAGGCCGUUGGACUCGGCUGUGCUGCCGAGUUUCGGGCCAUGCUUCACGGGAGGAGGAGGCUGCAAAUCCUCGCUCAAGGUCGGCGUCAUCCGAUCCGAAGGCGUCUUCCCCGCCGCAACCUCAGCACCCGUGCCAGGCAUCUGCGCCGAGCAGGGUAUCGAGGUGGCCGAAGGCGUAGAGGGCGGGCCGCUGCUGGUGACGAUACCUCGGCGGGCAACGACGGCCGAUGUGGAUAUGGCCCUCGACAGCUUGCGUGCGAAGGAGGUGAACGUGAUCGUCGCGUCCACAUACAUGGACGAGGCGGUCACGAUCCUCAAUCGCACUGCCGCACUCGACUACUCUCUCUUCGCCAUCACCUUCACCGCCACGGUCGGGCUGCCCGACUACCAGCUGAUGGUCGAGAAUGGUUGGUGGCAAGGCGAGUUUGCGCUCGGCAGUGUGCCAUGGCACCACGACCUACCCGGGACCGGAGAGUUCACGGGCAUGACUUCCGCCGAGUUCUCGAGCGAGUUUGCGGCCCUGGUUGACAGUCAUGUGUAUCCGUCGUAUCAUGCCGCAGCUGCUGCUGCUGCGCUCGUUGCACUGUUCGAAGCAAUUGAGCGAGCAGGCAGCCUCAACACCUCAGCCGUCGCUGCCGAAUUGAGAUCUAUGCAGCUGCAGGAGUUCUACGGCAACAUCUCGUUCGACCGGGAGUCGAAUCAGCUCAUCUCAAAUGGCGGGCUCGUGAUCCAAGAAAUUGCUACCGAGGCUACCGCGGAGGAUGUCAUUGUCUUCCCAGACGCCUUGGCGAACCACUCGAUGACCUUUCCGAUGCCGCCCCUGGCGCAGCGGCGCUGCGUCCUGUUCGGGCCUGACUCCACCGCAGGCGAUGACAUCCCUGCGGUGGAUCGGCUCUCGAGGCAGUGCUCGGGCAACGGUAUGUGUACCCUCGAAGGGUACUGUGAGUGCUACGGAGACUUUGAAGGGCGCCUGUGCGAUCAGUCUCCGAGUGAUGAGCUGAGCACGGCAACGCUCGCCGCAAUUGCAUCUGUCGCAGUCGUCUUGGCUGCUGCGAUCUGCAUCGCUGUCUAUAUGCGGCGUAGACAGCGGAAGAAGAGGCUGGUGGUCGUCGACAAGAAUGGGUGGACGUCCUGCCCCGAGCUCACGGCGGCCAAGGGGAUCACGUUCCACGCAUUCCUGUCGCACAAGUGGCCUUCGGGCGCCGCUUCCAUCUCCUCGGCCCGUCUGCGAAGAGCACCCGUUCCCAAGAGCUUCGUGUCAUCGUAG